GCUACGGGAUAAAUUCGAAUAAUUAAAUAUAGGUGCCCAUAUGAUUAUAGGUACUACAGUAGCCUUGGUGACGAACGUUUUGUAGAUUUUAAACAAUAUCUGUGCACGGAAACGUUAAAUAAAACGAACUAUGGAUACGCAAAAAAAAUUUGUUUGGACAAAUAAUAAAUUCAUAGAUAAAUAUAUAUAGGGAUUUAAAAAAAAAAUUGUACAAUAAAGCAAAACUAUUUGAAUGGCCGAUGGAGCAGAAAACACAAACACUAACGUGAAACCAGAAAAAGUCAAAUCAAAAGAAAAGAAAAAAUCAAAAGAUCAAAAGCUUUCGGUAUUAGAAACGCACGGUUACACUGUUGGCCGAAGCGUGGGUACUGGAUCAUACGCUACCGUUAAGAUUGCACAUUCCGAACGCCAUAAGACCAAUGUGGCAAUUAAAAUAGUUUCAAAACUUCAGGAGGCGACCGAUUAUUUGGAAAAAUUUCUACCCAGAGAAAUCGAAGUAGUCAAAGGCCUAAAACACGAUAAUUUAAUCAGAUACUAUCAAGCGAUCGAAACAACACACCGAGUUUACAUCAUUAUGGAAUACGCGGAAAAUGGGAGUUUAUUGGACAUCAUCAAAAGAGACGGUAAAAUAGACGACGAUAGAGCUCGAAAAUGGUUCAUGGAACUUGUUAACGCAAUAGAAUAUUGUCACUCAAAAGGAGUCGUACACAGAGACAUUAAAUGUGAAAACCUGUUGAUGGACACCAAUUACAAUAUCAAGUUAUCGGAUUUCGGGUUCGCUCGAAAUGAAAUGAUAAAGAAAAACGGUCAGAUGAAAACGAGCAGCACGUUCUGCGGCAGUUACGCUUACGCGUCACCAGAAAUAUUGAAAGGCAUACCCUAUCAGCCCAAUACAGCUGACAUUUGGUCCAUCGGAGUAGUGCUUUACGCCAUGAUAUUUGGAACUCUGCCCUUUGAUGAUACAACUUAUCAAAAGUUACUGAAACAAGUACAAAAGCCAGUUUCAUUCCCUCGAGACGUAGUUAUUUCCGAUACCUGUAAACAGAUGAUAAUAAAAUUACUCGCUCCACUGAAAGUCCGUUUGAGCAUAUCAGAUAUUAAACUUCAACCGUGGAGUCAACUUCCUGCCAAAAGUCCUACUGGAAAAAACGACAACGAACAAACAAUAUCUUGACGGACUGGUUGAAAAUGGAGCCAAGACAAGAAAUUAAGUAUUAAAUAUUGGUAAAAAAACUCAUGGAUUUAAAUUGUACACAACCUAAAACACAUCAAUGUAUCUAUAUCAAUGCAAUAACCAAAAAUUUUAUUCUUAGUUAUAAAAUAUGGAAAAAAACUAUUCGGAUUGUUGUGUUUGUACUCUUUUCACAUCUUAGUCGAUAAACGUUUUUAACAGAUUAUUGUAAUACUAUUAUAUUAACUACUAAGAUAAUAUUAAGUAGCUAAGUUCUUGGACUAUAAAUUGUAAUAUACCUGAUAGUUUUGGGUGGUGGAUAAGUGGUGUGUAUAAAUGUAUGUUUAUUAUAACCACGAUAUUGAUAUAGGAGCAAUAACUAGAGUUACAAUUCUAGAAGGGCUACAGCUCACAUAACACAACUAUUAAUUUAAAACAACCCAUCGAGGGUAUACAGUAAAGUUACACACCUAAAUCAAUGAGACAUAUAUUUGGGGG